CAAUUCUGUUGUAAUUUGUAAACAAACCCACGAGUUGUUGACUAUUUUACGGCUGGUGUUAGUGCUGUGGAAAAAUUGUGUCUUUAAAAUUUAACUUUAGCCCAAUGUUUCAUAUAGCUCGUGCCCCUUUGUUUAGAUUACAUAAGCCACAAAGCAUCCGGCUUUUGUUGUCCUGCAAUGGAUUUUCGUCCGAUUCAAACGCACCGGGAGAUGGUAACGAUAAACCAAAGCCACCACCUGCUCCGGCAAGUAAAACCGGAAAAAGUGCAGAUGAAGGAAAUAAAUCCUCUGCUGCCCUUAACCGGCUGAAUGAACUGCUCGCUAUGAUGAACGCGGACAGUGAGUUGAAGCUCGCGAAGAAGGUAGAUCUGCCGCGCCCAAAGUCAAAGAAAAAGAAGGAGAAAAAAGUUGACUCAGACUCGGACUCUGACGACGAAGAGCGGCCCAAAGAUCUCGCGCAGGCCACGCGCAAAGUGGCUACCGCCCUUGGCGGUGAUGCAAAGCGCACAGAAUCGGAACUGCUCGCAAAGUUGCUUGGGACGACACCGGGAUCCGCAGCUGGUGAGAGCAACUUAACGGACAUCAUUACCGGUAUGGUUGUUGAUAAAAACAAAAAGAAAGAAUACACCGAAAGUGAUCCAACACGAAGCACCCUGGUGAAAAAAUCGAUCGAUUCAAAGCGAGCAAAGCAAUGGCGUCCGACGGAUGAUGGGGACCAGUCACGUGGGGCUGUCUCACCAAAGGAACGAUACGAACGAAAGCGUGCCAGCCCGAAACAACCACCACAAACGCCCGGUGGUCCGGGAAGCGUGAAACUCUUCGAGGAGGAACCGUUGGGAAUUUUUACCGAUCUUGCUUCGCUCAAGGAAAGUUCCGAGAAGCUCCAUACCUGGCAGAAGCUGAACGAGCGGGAAUUACGAUUAGCCGUAACGCAUCCACCAUCGAAUUACUUCCAAAAGAUGGCUCUCUGGACCGAACAGGGCAAACUUUGGAAGUUCCCCAUCAACAAUGAGCAGGGCCGGGAAGCCGAAGCGAAGGUCGCAUUUACGGAGCACGUGUUCCUGGAGGAACAUCUGGAACCGUGGUGCCCGAAGAAGGGUCCGAUUCGACACUUUAUGGAGCUGGUGUGUGUUGGGCUGUCGAAAAAUCACUACAUCACGGCACAGGAGAAGCGUGACCAUAUCUGCUGGUACCGAGAUUAUUUCGAACAGAAAAAGGAAAUCCUGAAGGACAUUAUCGUAGCGGAAGGUAGCGGUAAGACGAAGGAGGUUGAACAAUAAACGGAUAAGUAGUAACGUAGCAUUUGAAACCAAUACAAA